AUGACGCAGGUCUGGGUCAUACCGGAGACCAAUGAGGUCUUCACGAGUUACGAGCCAUACCUUCAGAGGAUGGAUUUUUACAAGCAGAGGCGGUUCAUCUGCGAGAUAACCGGGCAUUCGGGUCUGACGUUCUUCGAAGCAUUGAAGAGUGAGAUGGAUGAGUCUAAAGAAUUGAAUAAUGCCUUCCCCGAUGCUCUCAAGGAGCCCAUCCUCCGCAGGGUGCAGUUCUCCACCGUGUCACGGAUAGAUAAUCUGGUGGACGAAGUAUACGAGGAUUUCAAGCAGGACUUUUAUCCCGGGGAGCAAGUUGUCAUUCUACUCACGGAUAAUUCCCGUCUACACGGCAUGAUUCGAGACAAGGCCAAUUUCCCGGAACAGCUAAACCCCGAUGGGACGGUGAAGGCCCCGGCAUACGCCAGGUAUCUGGUGAAGAUCCUGGACCGUCCCAACGAAGAGGCCUUACUCGACCAAGAACAUCUGACUCGUGAUCGGAAGGCUUUUACAAAGCAGAUGCUGCGUGCUUUCAUCAAAAAUAACGUUACGAGGGAGGCCUGGAGCGGAGCUCCAUGGCUAGUAAAGCCUAGCAUUGCAGAAGAAUACAAGAUCCCCACCGAAGUGCCAAAACACUUGCAGUACGGAACUCGAGUGGCUGAGAAGAAGGCUAUGAAGAAAGGGGACCAGGAGGGCUUCUUUGGCUUUUUCGCCUCACAACGUCUACCGGAAUUGAAGCCAGCAGUCAAAGGCCAGAAGGUAAAGCCGUCACCGCAGGACUUGGCAAAAUCGAGAGAAGAGCAGUAUCUAGAGUACCAGCGCUCGUUGAACGGGAAUCCCGCCUUCGUCCUACCAAAGCAAUCUGCUGGUGGGCCUGGUCGGCAGCCGAAAUCCCAGGACGCGGACAAGGACAAGAAAGCACAAAUUGCUGUCGUUGUCAAAUCUGAGACACCUAAACCUCCCCCUCCCCCUCCCAUCAAAUAUCCAAUCGAAGAUCUCGACAUACCUCCGGCUCGAAACGGGAAGCAUCGACCUGCGCUCAAGUUCUUGACCGAUGAACAAGCUGCCAUCACAGACGAUCCCAACUUGCUGCCGGCUGAUAUCAAGCCAGAAUCAGUCGGUUUCUUGCUUGAAAUCUGGAAUACGCUCAACGUAUACUGUGAGGUCUUUCAACUGGAUUCUUUCACCUUUGAUGAUUUUGUGCAAGCCAUCCGGUUCUCCUCAGACGAUGUCGAUUGUGAACUCUUCGUGGAAGCCCACUGUGCUGUUCUCAAAAAGCUGGUCAAUGCGCAGGAUGAUGACGAUGGUGCGAUUCAGGUAUCGCUCCCAGACCUUCCGAAUGAUGGGUCGGACGAGGACGAAGAAGAAGAGGAAGAGGAACCGACCCCUGAGCCGGAGCCGGUGUUCACUCGGAUGACCACGCGGAGCAGUCUGGCCAAGGCGGAAGCUGAGAACUUAAAGAAACAAGACAACGCGAGUCGCGAGAAUUCCGUCGAGGCGAAGUCGCAUCGGGCCGCAGAAAUGUUCGUCGAAGAUAGCUGGAUUGAUCGUCUGCGCAAGAGGGACUUUAGAAAUGGGGGCUGGGAGCUCAUCAUGGUCGGUCUUUUGCACCAGCUGUCCGCUCGUCCGCGCAUGGAAGAGGUAUGCGACGAGAUUCUCAAACAUCUGGCGCCACUUGAUGCCGAGCCGACCAAGGAGACUGCACAGUCUCAGUAUGCAACUCUUGAUGUUAACCUGCGUAUUCGGGCUCUGCAGAUAAUCUGCAUGUUGACCUUGGAAACAAAAGCCAUCAAGAACUAUAUGGAAGAGUGCAGCAAUCAAAUGACCGAGUUCCGCAAGGAGAAGAUCGAAUAUCAGAGAGCUCGCAAAGCAGCACUCGAGGAACUUCGUCGGUUGCACGAGGAGCGGAAGGAACUCCAACCAGAACCAGAGAAAUCACCGUCCCCUGUGCCUGAGCUGGAGGCACUGAAUGAUCCAAAGGUCACUGCUGUGGACGAUGAUUCCGAUCAAGUCAUGGAUACUGAAGAUGAAGAGCCUCAUGAAGGCCGCUCACUACGAGGGGGCAUGGACAGGAUCCUUGAACGAAAACGAAAGCAGGAAGAAGAACAGAAGAGAAAGGAACAGCUGGCGAAGCAACCUAAAGGAUCGAAACAGUACCAACGAGUGCUCAAGAAGAUCGAAGACGAGAAGGCCAAAAUUGCCAAACUCGAGCAGGAGAUCGCGGUUGUGGAUAAUGACUUGAGGGAGGCCGACUGCCCUCGAACAAGAUGCCUUGGCAAGGAUCGCUUCUGCAACCGUUACUGGUGGUUCGAACGCAAUGCUAUGCCUUACGAGGGGUUGCCCAACAGCUCCACUGCAGAGGCUCAUUAUACCAAUGGCCGGUUAUGGGUGCAGGGACCGGAUGAUAUGGAGCGAGAGGGCUUUAUCGACGUUUCAGAAGAUCUGAAGAAGCAGUACGUGAAGGACCAUCAGAUGACUCCAGCGGAAAGGAAGAAGAGCGAAGAAGGUCCAACGAGUAUUCCCGAUGCGCGACAUUGGGGUUUCUACGACGAUCCAGAGUCGAUGGAUCAGCUCAUCAGCUGGCUCGAUACGCGUGGUGUGCGAGAGCUGAAACUUCGCAAGGAACUCAUUCUACAACGAGACAACAUCGUGAAAUAUAUGAAGAAACGCCAGGAAUAUCUCACUGAGACCGAGGAAAGGGCGCAGUCGGAAGAACUUCCAGCCAAGAGAAUGGCAACCCGUACCAAGACCUACAUCGAAGAUCCCAAACAUCGGUGUCUCAAGUGGAGAAACACGACGGCUCUCUCUGAGAAUGGGCAUCUCCAUGUAGACCCGGGACGGCCUGCGAAGCGCGCAAGAAAAGCCGCCGACGACACGCGGGAGACGAAGGCAACCAACCGUCAAGGAAAGUCGUUGACCAGACAGGGCUCGCGGUAUCACUUCUAA